AUAAUUCAUGUUUGUACAGGUAUACAUCAAUGUGCUUUAAAAAAAAUGACUAUUGUAUUAAAGGGUUUAACAGUUCAAUAAUUUGUAAAUGGAUUAAAUCAAGUUAAAAUACGCAAAUCUACACGUUAUUUUACUUUCUUAUUAUCACUUUUAUACAAAGUUCAAUAUAAAUUUUUAAAAAAAAUCAUGAUAUAUUAAACGGGAAAAUAUAUAUUUACCAUAAUCAAUUUACUUUUGAAUAUGUUUGUGUAAAUAUUUCAGAAAACCUUGAAAAUAAUUCAAGAAGUAAUGAAUUGAAACAAAUAAUGAUGUUGAAAAUUGAACUGAUUUCAUUUAUUAUUUUAUGUAUUAUCACUUCAUAUAAUGGAAUAUAUUUAUGUUAUGCAAUGGAAGCAGAAAAUAAUAAUCCUUGUGAACCCAAUCCAUGUCAGAACAGAGCACAUUGUGUAAAUAUUCAUGGUUGGAAGGGAAAAAUCUCAAACAAUAGAUUAAAUAUUCAAUCAGAUUACUAUUGUGUAUGUUUAAAGGGAUGGACUGGACAAAAUUGUACAGAAGAUGUUGAUGACUGUGUCAAUCAACCCUGUUUAAAUGGUGGAACUUGUGAAGAUCAACCGAAUAUGCAAUUUCAUUGCCAUUGUCCAACAGAAUUUGUUGGUCAAACCUGUGAAUAUAGAAAUCCAUGUCAUAUUGCUCCCUGCCUAAAUGGUGGAGUCUGUCAAUCUGACCCAUUCGGUCAAUUCACUUGUAUUUGUCCUAAGUGGUACAGUGGAAUACGCUGUGAAAAGGAAAUCAAUCCAUGUUUCCCUGAUUCUCCAUGUUUUGGAAAAAACUCAACAUGUCAUUUGAUAACCUCCACAAACAGAACACUUUCAGGUCCUCCAUUUUCUAUCUACAAACCAGAAUAUAUUGUGAAUUUUAAAUGUGAAUGUGGAUCCGGUUAUUUUGGUCGUUUUUGUGCUAUGAAACAGAAUCUAUGUGAGAUACACAGUUGUCAAAAUGGGGCUACGUGUCUACAGAAUGGUGAACACUACAGUUGCCUAUGUCCCGUAGGAUUUACUGGACGUCUGUGUAAUAUAUCCUUAAAUUUUACCAAACAUGCCCCACCAAUUGCUACUAUUUUACUUCAGAAUCAGACAUCGAAGUUAAAUGUGUUAAACAAUAACGUAAAGCAAAAGUUCGGUUUAUUCAACGAUUACUGUUAUCACAUUGGAUGUAAUACAGCAAGACCUGGUGAUGGUAUCUGUCAAGCAAAGUGUAUUUAUGCCAAUUGUUUAAAUGUUGAACAAGAACUAAAACAAGACUGUCAAUAUUGGAUAAAAUGUUUACAAUUAACUGAACAUAUCGUGAAACAAUAUAAUCAAACAACUUGUGUGGAACAGUUUAAAAAUGGAGAAUGUCAAUCUCAAUGCAAUCUAAAUGAAUGUUAUCUAGAUGGCUUUGAUUGUAUGCAGUUCAAUUCAUAUUGUGAACCAUCCGAGUUUUGCCAAAAAUCAUAUGGUAACGGUGUUUGUCAGCAACACUGUAACAAUCUUCAGUGUGGAUAUGAUGGUGGUGAUUGUCUGACUGAGCAAGAGAAUGAACAUUCUAUAAGAAAAUAUCUUUUAUUCAAGUUGAACACAGACCAAUCACACUUCAUGCAAAGUCGUAAUCAAUUUCUAGGCAAUUUAGGACAAAUCCUACAAGCAUUAGUAAGAAUCGCAAAAGAUGAGAUUACUGGAGAAGAUUUAGUGGAGGAUAUUCCAAGUAAAUAUCGGAUUAAAUUACUUUUAGAAGUCACUAGUUAUUCAAUGUCUCCAAGUUUAUCAUGUGAAGAAAGUGAUGAAAAUUCCUGUAUAAAUUCUACUGUACUAUUAUUGAAAACAAAUCAGCUUAAGGAAUACAUUUUAGCUGCAUUGAGUACAAAUAUGUACAAAUCACUUUUUACAAUUAUAUACUUCACUUUUGUUGAUUCACCAAGUCAAUCUCAUUUUAAAGCUUUAUGGGAAGAAGAAUCUUCAAGUGUUAUAAAGAUUUCAAAGGAAGCUAUUGGUCUUUACGUUUUUAUAUGUAUUUUAGCUGGAAUAACUAUUGUGCUAGUUCUAUUUUUGGUAUUUCAACGUGAUAAUAAUAAUAAUUGGCAAAAACCAUUGAAACGUGUUCGAACAAAAGGGAUAUGGUGUCCACCUAUACCACCAAUUUAUUUUAAGCCCAAUCAAAUUGAAUUAUUUGGACAGCAGAAUGCUUUGUAUUUUACUGGAAUCAACUCAACAGCUAUGGUUACAACAACAUCAUCAACUACAUCGACAACAACAAAUGAACCUAAAUAUUUACAUGGAACAUUUAAACAAACUUCUACAACUUACUUCAAAAACUAUUUGGAUCCAUUAUCUAUUGAUGAGAAAGAAAAAUUCCUUCUGUCUGAUUCGGAAAAGUAUAAAAAUGAAAAAAGUGUAACCAGAAUGUUUGCCGAUGAGGUUCAUGAGGUUGAUGAUAUAUCGGUUAGUGGCUGUACUCCUGCUUUGAAGAAAAGAUGUCUGAAUCCGGAGAAGGUGAUGCGGGAAGUCUUAUCUGAUGACGGACAUUCAUUUGCCGUUCCAAAAUGUAUCGACAAUUUUUGUACUAAACACAAUGAAAGUUAUCAAUAUGAUGAAGAAAGGGAUAAAUGUCAACAACAAGAGAGUCAAUUGAACCUCGACAAGAAAUUUCAUUCAUCUAUGCUCCAGGCAAAUCAAGAAACAACCGACUCGAGUGAUCUAAAUUUGAACAAACAAAUUACGGGUGUACUUCAAAAUAGUCAAAAGGAAAUUAGUUGUGAUAAUUCUAUGAAUGAUGAACUAGUUGAAAUCAUUGCUUCAAUGGAUGGUUUACAUCCAUGUAAUGUUGUACAACAGAAUCAAAUUGAAAAGCUCCUAACCCUACAUGAUAACAAGAGUAGGUACGAGAGGAGGUUAUCUGAUUACACUAAAGAUAAAGAGUAUUUAGAGGCGAAUGUAUUGGAAAAUAAUCCUCAAUAUCAAAGUAUCCUUCAUUUAGCAGCUCAAAUGAAUGCUGGCCAUGAUGUUAUCACUAAAAUAUGUCAUAAUGCAUGUGAUAAAAAAUCAUUUAAUAGUUUAUUUAUCGACUCAUCAGGUAGAACAGCUUUAACUAGCGCUGCUGCAGCCAAUUCACUAGAAUCAAUUAACUCAUUGUAUCACCUAGAAAGAGAAGCUCUGGCUAAUAAGAAGUCGAUAAAACCUGUUAAAUCUCAACAAACUGUAACAUCCAAGACAAAUUUUCGUUCAAGAAAACGAUACCAAGCCUAUAAAUCUCGUCAUUGUACACCAAUUAUAGCAGCUAUUCAAGCAGGAAAUGAUGAAGUAGUAAAAAUUUUGUUAGAUGAAGGUUGUCCAUACAACACAACUGAUCAGUACGGCCGUAAUGUGGUACACUGGGCAGCAGUAACUAAUUCCAUUACAACAUUAAAUCGUCUAGCUCAAUGUAAAGGUUUUACUAGACUGAUGAAUAUGAAAGAUGACUGGGAGAGAACACCAAUCAUGUUAGCUAUACGUGAAGGUUGCCAAGAAGCUGUAGAAUUUCUAUUAAAUAAACAAGCCAAAAUUGAAAUUAUUGACUGUAUGGAAAAUGAUUGUUUAUCUUUAUGUACAGAAAAAGGUUAUGAAAGAAUACAUGAAUUACUCAUAAAUUUCAUCAGAUCUAGAGGCUUAGAAGCAAAAUCAUCAUCAGUGGGCAAUUCAAAACUUGAUAUAAUCGAUGAAAAUCAAGAACGAACACCACUUUCCAUACCGGAAUCAGCGUCUACAACAGCUCCAGUCAAUAAAUUGAUGACGACUUCACCAACAAGAGUGAUAACAAGUGGUGUGACUGCAUUCGAUUGGGUAAGCUUAAGUGAUAAUACAAAUUUAGGAGAAAUAAGUGAUUGUGACAGAUUUACGGAAGGCGUGGAUGAUGAUGAUGAUGAUGAUGACGUUCUUGGUGGAUAGACUGUUAAAAUUGACACGUAUUCUUCAUUACAGUAUGAAGGAUUUAAAAAGUAUUUCUUCUUUUCAAAGAUUGUGUGUAUUAUCAAGAAUUAACAAGUAUUGUGAACACUAGGUAAUAUAGAGUUAUUUUAUUGUACUGAUUCAGUUCCUUUUGUAAAAACCGGGUCAAAGUGUAGAUAUGUUGAUCAGAAAAUGAGUUCUUUUGUAACUGUCAUGUAAUAUAUAUGUAUAUGCCUGUUAUAUAUGAAUAUUAUAUUUAAGCAAUGUUCCUUGUAUAUAAUAAACUUGUGUCUUAUGAUUAA